UCCUCCACUCCCCCCAAAACCUCCCCAAACCCCCAGAAACUCCCAUCCCGUCAAGCGCUCGCUCCACUCCUCGGCCUCCACCUCACGCCGCCGCCGCCGCCGCUUCCCUUCCUCUCUGCACUCAAGGUCUUCUCCUCUGCCUCCACGCCGCUGCUGCCACCUCCCUUCGUUCUUCGCGCUCUCUCUACAGUAUUUCGUUUCUGCUUAUCCCCAUUCCACUGCGUACUCCGCCAGUUUCUGCUGUUCCUUCCUACUCCCAAGUCCUCUCGACGAGGCAACGAAAGAAGCUGAUCCUCUCCCUGUCCUCUCGACGAGGAGUCACUAGUCACUAGUCAGUCACCGCUCCUUCUUUUUCACGGAGCUCGAAAACCGUUACCCCGGCGUGGGCCGCGGCUGCUGCCUCUGCGCCGGUACGAACUCGGCAGGGGAGGGGAGGGGACGGGGCGCGGCUUUACUGCUGCCUCUGCUUUCAGCAACUCGUAGCUGCUGCUCCAUUUCUGCUCCUCUCUUUAAAGAGCCCGUCUUUACUGUGGCCACUCUUACUGUGGCCACUCCUCUCCUCCCUCUUCCUCUUCCUUCCCUCCGCGCCCGCCUCUGCCUUCCGUCCCUUUGCUCUUUAUUCCCCUGCCGAUCCCCGGCGCAGGAGGGGAUCCCGGCCGGCCGGCCUCUCCGAUCGCUCUGUGGCUUCCUUUCCUGCCUGUGGUCAGGGCUGCAGGCCUUGCGUUCUGUUGGGUUUCUGGUUUCACCCUUGUGCCAUCCAUCCUAAUUCCUAAAGCCACAGGGGUUUAACGACCGGCCGCGGCGAGCUCUCCGUGCUGCUGCCUGCGUGCCAUGUCGCGGUCGCGCACGGUGCGUAUCUUCUGGGACGACCCCGACCUGACGGACUCCUCCGGCGAGGAGGAAGGGUGCGGCAGCCGGAGGGUCGGCAGGAUGGUCCGGGAGCUGCCGCCCACGGCCUUAGCAGCGGCUCCCGCUGCCCCCGCGCCGGAGCAGUGCGCCGCCGGGGAUGGCGACCGCGGGAAGAGGCUCGGCGGCGGCGGCCCUGGCGCGCGUAGGCGGCUGGCCAAGGGCGGCCCCGGCGCGACGAGCACCAAGUUCCGCGGCGUCCGGAGGCGGCCGUGGGGUAAGUUCGCGGCGGAGAUCCGGGACCCGUGGCGCGGCGUGCGCGUGUGGCUCGGCACCUUCGACACCGCCGAGGAGGCCGCGCGCGUCUACGACACCGCCGCCAUCCAGCUCCGCGGGCCCAACGCCACCACCAACUUCGCCGCCGCCCAGUCCGGCUCCGGGGCCGGCCAGGACCAGGACGCGGACCCGGACCCGGCGACCCCCGGGUACGAGUCCGGCGCCGAGUCCUCGCCCGCGGCGUCGUCCCCGACGUCCGUGCUCCGCAAGGUGCCGUCCCUGUCCUCCCUCGCGGAGGACUCCUUCAAGGACGACUCCGACGCCGCCCCGUGCGAGCCGGCCGCCGGCGAGCGCUGCGGCCUGGCCGUCCUGGGGGAGGAGGCGCUCGGCGAGUUCGUGCCCUUCGAGGACGCGCCGGUCUACGCCACCAGCGGGUUCUGGGACAUCCGGCCCGACGCGGGGUUCCUCUACGCGGAGCCGUCGUGGAACGCCUCCGCCUACUACCCCGCCUCGUCCGGCGAGGCGCCCGGCUGGGCCGCGGCGUCGCCGACGGCGCAGGAGAACGACUACUUCGAGGACCUGCGCGACCUCUUCCCGCUCCACCCGCUUCCCGCGAUUUUCUGAAACGUUCUUCGUCUACACGGGCUGCUUCGUUUUUGGACGUCGAGAGUUGUGGUGUGUCUGCCUGCCUGCGCGCACCGGUCGUGGUCUAGUACUAGUAGUACUUUGUACGCCUUUUGCCGUGCCGUGUUUUUGUCGUGUCGAUGAGUGAGAAAGUGUAACAUGCCGCCGCCGAUGAGUACGUACUGUGUAGUAGAGAGUUUUGAGGUGCGGGUACGAGUCUGUUGUCUACUCGCUUGUGUAUGGAGAGAUGAAUGUGGUAAAGUGUUUUUGCUGUGCCGUCA